AUGCAGAAGAGGUUUCUCUACCAUGUGCAUCCAGGGCUGGAGGUUUCCCUCAUCUGGCCCUCCAUCCCUCUCACUCGCAUCUACAUUGCGUUUCUCACAGGGAACUGCACAAUCCUUGUCAUCGGGACCAAUCCAAGCCUCCAUGAGCCCACACACCAAUUCCUGUCCAUGUUGGCCAUCACCAGUUUGGGUUUGUCUCUGUCCACAGCGCCGACUGUGAUGAGUGUUUUCUGGGUCAGCUACAGGGACAUCAGUUUUGAUGCCUGUUUUGCUCAGCUUUACUUCGUUCAUUCCUUCUCCUUUAUGGAGUCCUCAGUGCUUCUGGAUAGCCUUUCAUCGUAUGUGACCAUCCGCUACUUGCUGAGAUGCUCCUCCAUCCUCACCCAUGCCAGGAUGGGCAGGAUUGGGCUGGCUGCCCUGUGCAGAUGCCUCUUAGGAGGGCUGUCAUCACUCUUCUAGCUGAGAAGGUUGCCCUUCUGCCAGUCCCAUGUGCUCUCCCAUGCCUACUGCCUGCAGCAGGACCUGAUCAAGCUGAUGUGUGUAGACAUCACUUUCAGUGGCAUGUAUGGGUUAGCUGUGCUCAUCCUCAUAGCGGUACUGGACCCAUUGCUCAUUGUUUUGUUAUACGUGAUGAUUUGUAAGACAAUUGAGAGCAUCGCAUCCCAGAGGGAGCGUCUCGAGGCUUUGAACAACUGCCUGUCCCAUGUCCUGGCACUCCUGAUCCUGUACAUCCCCGUGGCUGGCUUGUCCAUGGUUCACUGUUCUGGCCAGCACGCUUCCCCUCUCGUUCCUGUCUUCAUGGCCAACACCUACCUGCUGGUUCCCCCUGAGCUGAACCCCAUCAUCUACACCACAAAAGCCAGACAGAUCCACAGGGGCAUCCUCAAGGUCCUCGUGCCAAGGAAGAGCUUCUCCCCAUGGCACCACAGGAGACAAAGAACCGUUGCUAACCACUCACCAUAA